AUGUCCGACUACGAGACAUAUGAUCUGGGUGACUUCAAGCUGCAGAGUGGUGUCGUCUUGCCAGGGGCAUGGAUAGCCUACAAGACGUACGGUGAUCCUGGCACCCCGGCAGUUCUGUAUCCAACCUGGUAUUCAGGCACAAUCUCUGACAAUGAAUGGCUCAUUGGCGAGAACAUGGCCUUGAAUCCCAAGAACUACUUUAUCAUCAUCCCGGCCCUCUUCGGAAACGGACAGUCCAUCUCCCCUUCGAACUCGAAGAUAGCUCCCUUUCCGGAUGUCACUUUCUACGACAAUGUCAGAGCUCAACAUCAGCUUUUGACCCAGAAGCUGGGCAUCAACCACCUUCGCUGCGUGACCGGGUGGUCGAUGGGUGCUGGUCAAGCCUUCCAAUGGGCUACACAGUACCCAGAGUUUUUAGAUAUCUGUGUGCCCUUUUGUGGUUCGGCAAAGACAUCCAUCCACAACCAGGUCAUGCUCGAAGGGGUCAAGUCGGCCUUGCUGGCCGCCAAAGGUGCAUCUUCAGCCGGCAGUACGUAUGGGAGGUUCGAAAAAAGAGGUUCUGAAGCGCGGACCUGGACCGAGGAGGAAAAGACGACUGGCCUGAAGGCGUUUAGUCGAGUCUACGCAGGCUGGGGGUUCAGUCAGGCAUUCUAUCGACAAAAGGUGUAUGAGACGGCGUAUGGCUCGAAAGAACUGGAAGAUUUCAUGGUCUGUUUCUGGGAGGCUUGGGGGUUGAGCAAAGACCCCGAAAACCUGCUUGUCAUGCUGCAUACGUGGCAAGCAGCGGAUGUGAGCCUGCAGGAGCCAUACAACGGCAACUUCGAGAAAGCCCUGGCUAGCAUCAAGGCAAAAACCUUGGUGCUCCCCAGCAAGACCGAUUUAUAUUUCCCACCGGAAGACUCGGAGUACGAGGUCCAGAACAUGGCUCCUGGAGUAGGCAGCCUGGAUGUCUAUCCGUCCAUCUGGGGCCACUGGGCAGGAGGACCUCCAGGAAACAUGGAAGACGCGAAGUGGCUGGAUGAAAGACUGGCAAAGCUGCUCGCUGAAGCCCCCACGCUGGGCUGA